AUGCAGGAGGAGGAGAAAAAGAAGAAGAAGAAGACCGAGGCGAGCGAAGGGUGUGAAGAUGCGGAUGGAGAUGCAGAUGCAGCAAUUGCGGCAGAGAACAUUCGCAUGGACAGGAGCAGAGAUAAAGAUAGCGUCCGCCGGAAGCCGAGCGGAGGGCCUGGAUCGGACCGGGACUCAUGCGCGUGGGUGAUGCUGCCGAGACUGGCUGAACUUGCCCGUUCGAUCCCACUACCAACGAGGAAUCCUUUUCCCAACAAGGACCCAAAUUUACCCCUCCGAGGUUGCUGGACCAAGGAGGAGGGCGACGACGACGACGACAAUAGGGGCAGGUCGAGCCGAGGGCUGGCUCGGAGAAUGAGACGCCUUGCAGCCGAGAGUGCUGGGCGAAGGAUCCGCUUGGCCAUGGCGGCGAUCGCAAGAAAAGGAGAAGUAGGGCGAGGUCAAGGUACCGACGGGCUGAGUGACACUCACACCAGCGGCGUCAGUAGGGAGGGGGAAAGCGACAGCGGAGAUGACGGCAUGGUCGGGUGGAUUUGGGCGCCGGGCACCUUUGCAGAAUUUAUCGCCGGGGCAGAAGCGGACUGGCUGGGCUAG